GCGCCUAUAAUCAAUACACUGGCUGUAGUCAAAAUCUAACGUUUGGACCCAGUAUUUCCAAAAAACAAAUUUGUCGAGUUGUAUCAGACGACCCCUUUUUCGGCAACCAGAUGGCCGGCUUCGUCGUCGGCGGUAUUGCGGCCUGUCGCCGAACUACCCACUGCCUCGGCCUACUGCGGUCCUCCUGCCGACCCCUCUGCCUUCAUCCGUCCUGGUCGCCACUGCACCAGCGACGCCGGCGGCUCAGCGGUUCCUCGAGAUCCGGAGAUUUCGGCGAAAGGAAGACCACGAAUUUGGUGAAGGGUCAAACCAGAGAGGCCAAAAGUGCUGGUGGAUUGGAGACGACAGCAGCGCCUCCUGAUCCUCCCAAGGUUCCUGGCGAGGAAAGACCCGAGUCGCCCUACGAGGUCCGGCCAGAGGUACUGCCCAUCCAGGAUCAGCCACAUCGCUCCCAGCCCUCACCCGCGGAGGUCAAGCCCCCAAACCCGCACACUAUUGUCUGCAUCUCAGACAACAAAGACUUAUCGGGAUCUCCGGAAAAUGUUUUAGGGAAAAAUGAGGGCUUCGAAGGCCGGUCGGUUGAGUUUGGGUCUCCGGUUAGGAAUACAGAAACUAAAGCAGAUUUCGAUACCAAAUCCGAGUCUCAGAUAUUCCCAACCUCUACCGUAAUUGAUCUAAUAGAAAGCCCCAAGUACCAUUCCUUAUCCGGUACUGACUCAAAGGAUGACCCCAAAUUCGAAAACUUAUUGGCAAUUGAAUCCGAGCUGAAGACUCUGACAGCAUCCUUAUCUGAUUUUAUUGAACAGCCUAAUCAUCAACCCUUUUCUUCAAUUAAAGCAGAGCUCAAUUCCAUGGACUCGACAAAUAAUCAAAAUUCUCAAGGUGUAACGAAGUAUCCAGAGUUGCGGUCGCAGCGAAGCUCCUUUGAAAUAAAGUCUGAGGACUCGAACCCCGCUGAAUUAAAAGAUAGGACCCACUCAAAAGAACCUCUGGCCUUAACCGAGUCAAAUUCAAGACCGGCUUCUAAAUCUUCAGGUGGUAGCCUUGACCUAAAAGUUACACCCACUAUUUUGAACAAACCCCAAACGGAGAAGACAAAUAUUCAGACCUCAACGCCGCCAAUCACCGCGACUAAUAGCUUAAAGCAAGGUUCUGAGCCUAAAAUCAGUAAGACAAAAACAUCUAGAGGGGAUACGAGCUUCACUUUCAAUAUGCCUGGGGAAAACAAGAUUUCCGGGAUAAAAGAAGAUUUAGAAACACCUAAGGACAGAAGUGCAGAAUUUGGCCAAUUGUUGGAUAAGGUUCAGGAAAAGAGGUUCGAAAAAGUCGACGAAGACAAGGAAAACCAAUCUAAUAGGGAAGUGAUCCAGAAGUGGGUGGAGCAUUUUAGGUUGGCAAACAAAAAUACUGCAGCUGUCACUCAAAGCGAAGCAUCAGAGGCUAUUCCGGCAUCCUCCGAAUGUAAUAAUGAAAAGAAGGUCUACUUCAUAGAAACAUUAGUAAAGGAAAAUAACAUAUGGGUACCCAGAAGCACGACAUCUUCUAGUACAAUUUCACGUCCCUCCAAUAAAAAUAUCACCACAAAAGAGCCAACCUCAAGAUCAAAAUUGACAUUGCCACUUAAAAUCGUGCCCGAGAAUGAAGCUCCAACUGCGUUUAAGAAGACCUUGAAGCCAAUACCUUCAUCUGAACUUAGGUCAAAUAAGAAUACUCAGCUUGAUGUCACCAGCAAAGCAACUAAGCGCACUGAAUUUAUUUCUAGUCAGCCUCCCUCAACAUCAGCCUCAUCAUCGGUCGACUCUAAGAAAUCAAAUGCAGUAAUAAGCGCGAAGACUAAUGCAGUUAGUGCCAAUGCGAAACCUAAAGGCCAGUCUACAGAGGAAAUAGUCGCAAUGUUCAAGGAAGAAAACGAUAGUGACCAGGCUAAGAGUGAGGAAGGCAGAGUCCGAGAAUUGUUCGAUACCUUAGAAAGAUUUAAUAAUAGGCCGGGUUCUUGGUGGACUCAGCCAGAACUCUCUUCAGCCACUAAGAAGAGCCAAUCGGAUGGUUUGCCCAUGUUUUCAUCAGGGUCCGAUGAAAAAGGAAGAACUACCAUUUUUGAAAAAGGUCACCUCGAUAGCUCUGACUCGGGCAACAAAGCAGAAGAUACCUUUACAAAACUUGGCGACCUGGACUCGACGAUCCGAGAAGAGGAAUAUGAUAAUGCUCAGAAAAAGAAAGACAAGACCAGCGAAGAUUAUUUUGCUAAACUCGGUAACUUGGCCUCUACCAUCCGAGAGGAAAGCAGUGAAAAACAGAAUACGUCUGGAGACAGCGAAAACAAGGAUGAGAAGAAUGUUGAGCACGGAAAUUUUGAUCUAGCACAGAAAGUUUCCACUUUUAUGAAGUCUGCCCAGAAGCCCCCAAGAUUUAAAAGAGCGAAUUCGGAGACCAAAAGCAGAGUAGAAACGACAUCUGAGCUAACGCCCAACGAUCUAUACGACCCAAUAGCACACGAGAUAUCCUCCCCAGCUCCUUUGGAAUCGGGCAAAACGGAUAUUGAAGAAGUCGAGGAGGCCAGUCCCAGCCUAGAGGCUCCAGAGGUCAAGCCCAAGAAGGAGGAAGCCAAAGUCAAGGCACCCACGACAGCGGAUGAAACCAAAGGAAAGCCACUCACGGCAAUAGAUGAAACCAAAACUAAAGUCGACGAAAAAGCUCCGGCGGACGUAAGUCAGUCGAAAAAAGAGAGGCCACAGCUGGAUGAUGGGGAGCUCGCCCUUAAGUUGCUGGACAAAGCUACGGGGGAGAUACCAGCGACAACGCAGCCGGCUCCAAAACCGCAAGCCGAGAAGAGCCUGCUUCAACAUCUUUUCGACAGGAUCUUGGGUAGAGGCAGGAGCAACGAGGGCAAGCGCAGCAUGUCCUCCUUUUCAGGUCGACGCCACAUGAGCACCAGUUCCAUGGCAACACCUCCAGUGCAAACUUGUGAUACCAAAACCAAGGUUAUAAGGCCGACGAGCGGAGAUAGGGCAUUUGGCAUGUGGAGAUCCACCAGCAAGAUACUAUGCGAAGCCCACGAAAGCAAGCUGGAUGUGCAGGAGGAACCGCCUGUAAUCAAUCGCCUGCAACAACCCGAGCUGGAACCCCCGGCAUUUGAACUGUUCGCCAAGAAUGAUGACACUGAGAUAAAAGGAGGCUCGCCCGAAUGCUCGUCACCCAAAAAGACGCCUCGAGAGCUUCUGCGGGAAAAGCAGCAGACCCGGAAGAUCAAGAUCCUGGGCGGAUCCGAGGAGUGUGCCAAGAAGAUGAAACGCCUCAAGGAGCUGACAAGGGAGAAGGACGACGACGACGACUGUGGCAGUCGGCACUUCUUCAGCACCUUAUCGCGCUUUUGCCGCCAGCUCUGGUUUUCUAUCUUUCCAGAUGCGGCGAACCACUCGAACAAAGUCAAAUAAUCUCCCGAUCUCGCCGAUUUGAGCACGGAGAUGUCGAUAAGAAAACUGGAUACCAUGUUGGCCUGAAAAUUGAAUCCACAUAACAGGGGGUCGAUCUGAUGACUUUCUGGAAAUUAUCACUAUAUAUAGAAAUAAUAUAGACAUAGAAAUUGGUUUAUUCAUGUUAUUAUAUGGCAAUAAAACGAUUUAUAAAACAAUUAAAACGAA